CCGUUUUGGCUCAAGCUUUUUUGGGGCCCGAGCCGCUUCGGUGGGCUCCAGCUACCGUACCCUUACGACCGGGCUGCGGUCGACGGCCCCCGGCUCACGAUGGCCGCUCGCGCCCUCUGGGCCGUGGCGCAGCAGGCGUCGCUCGCGGGUGCGAUCGCCGUGGCCCUCGACCGGACGGCGGGGGCCGGGCACGGCGGAGGGGUGCAGGGCCGCGCGGCCGCCCGCCUCGGCGUGAUGAGCAAGUCCGGGGUCACGCGGUAUAGCGCCCGGCAGAUUGGGAAGGCACGCAGCGCCGAGGGGGCCUACUGGCCGGACUCCAGCAGCCGCGGCAACUCGCUCUACGCUGGCGCGGAGGACCUCACGGACAACGUCUCGUGGGGGUGGCACCACCCGAGCGGGGUCUACAGCACCAUCCCGGUCGGGGCGCCCCUCAUCGACGGCGAGCUGAACAUCUACGUCGGGUCGGACGACGCCAUCCGGAAGUUCGACGUGUCCGGGGAGCUGCUCUGGAGCUACGCCCCCCGCGGCCAGCUCGCCGCCGCCCCGUCCAUCGCCAUCGGCUCGGUGUCGCGGCGCCUGGCGGUGGCCCCCACCGAGGUCUCCGCCGAGGAGGAGGCGGCCCUCCAGCCAGACUGGGCGAAACGGGGGGACGAUCCCGAGGUCCCGUACGAGACCUUCUUCGCCCAGGUCAAGGUCGGCGACCGCCUUAAGGUGCGCCCGGGCAAGGCGUUUGUCGGGGACGGCGGCAAGGACCUCUACAGGGACGGCGACCAGGGCAGGAUCAUCAACGUCCUCAGGCAGGGAGGCUACGGCGAGCGCGUGGUCAUCCGGUGGCCACGCACUGGCCACGAGAGCGUCGCGAGCCUCGCCUCCCUUGGCAAGAGGUUCGUGCGCGUCGCCAGCGAGGUCAGUGCGGCCGCCCUGCCGCCCAUGCUCGUCGGGAGCACCACCUCUGGCUACGUGUUCGCGGUCGGGCUCAGCGACGGGGAGGAGAUCUGGGCGACCCAGGCCUCCGAGCAGAUCGCGGGCGUCAAGGGGGCCGUUGGUGCCAAGGACGGGGUGGUCGUGGUCGCGACCAACCGCUGCACCGACCGGUACUGCUACCGGUACCGCAACCAGACGAACCCACUCACGCCGAGCAACUCCAUCGUGAGGGGCCUCAGCGCAGCGGACGGCAGCGCCCUCUGGUCCUACAGGACGCGGUCGCCCGUGUGGAACAUGGUGCCGCAGUGGGGUCCUAACGACACCGUCAUGUUCCAGGACUUCGAGGCCAACGCGUACUGCCUCAACUUCAAGACCGGCGCGCCAUGGGCACUUACACGAACGCCGCCGCCGUGUACGACGCGGCGUCCGAGCGGUUUUUCUCGAUGGGCGCCAAGGAGUACGAGCACAAGUAUUGCAACCCGUACCCCGCGCCAGGUGUCCUGCCCCACUGCAACACGUGGCCCGGCUCCGCAGGUAUGA